GCCCCACUCAACGUACCAGAAAAAAUACUGUAGUUAAUUAAAAUACAAAUUACACAAACACACAAUGGAUUAUUGUUUGCCGCGGAAUAUUAGUGAACGUAAACCUUCUUGGAAGUGGCACGUUUGACUUCGGUUCGGUGUAAUGCCGAUAUUCGAAUAAUGUAGCUAUGUCCCCUCUUUGUGAAAUGGUUCGCUCCUGGUUUGAAUCUGACAGCGCUGCGACCCCGGACAUAACGAUUCUUCAAUACGCUACCAACGUUGAAUGCAAGCGAAAUUUUUGCCAAACACCAGUUUGCCAAACACUCACAUACUUUAUUUAAUUGAACAUCAUCAAACGUGGGGUUACAAUGCCGAAUGUAAACGAGGUAAAAGAAGCGGGUGGAGAGAUACCGAUCGACAUACCUUGUCUUCAGAAACUGGACUCUCCCACAGGUAGCCCCACUAAGGGGACCCCUUACCAGAGCGGGCGGAGCUGGAGGGUUGCGUCUCCAACCUCAGCCUGGCCCACGAGAUCGUGAUGAACCAAGACUUCUGCUUCAGACAGAACAGCCCUCCAAAAGACAGUGUGGAGGGGAAGGUGAAGGAGGUGGUUCACAGAGCCUUCUGGGACGUUCUCCAGGAGCAGCUGUCCAGCUGCCCUCCAGACUACAGCCAUGCUGUCACCCUGCUUCAGGAGGUCAAGGCUACCCUCCUCUCCCUGCUCCUGCCUGGCCAUGCCAGGUUGCGCGCCCAGCUGGACGAGGUUCUAGACCUGCCUCUGAUCCAGCAGCAGGUCCUCCAUGGGGGCCUGGACCUGCCCCGCCUGGCCGCCUACGUCACCAGCACCAUGGGCUCCCUCUGUGCCCCCGUACGGGACCCAGAAAUCCGGGCCCUGCGAGGCCUCUCAGACCCAGUGGACAUCCUCAGGGAGAUCCUGCGUGUGCUGGGACUGAUGAAGACCGACAUGGUGAACUUCACCGUCCAGAACCUGAGACCACACCUGCUCCAGCAGGCUGUCCAGUACGAGCGGACCAAGUUCCAGCAGAUCCUGGACAAGGAGCCAGCCUCUCUGGACCGCACCACUGCAUGGCUCCGAGGGGCUGCCCAAGAGUUCGUAUCUAACUCAUCAUCGGGACCGGAGGGGGUCUCCCCCCCGCCUGAUGGUGCUCCUGGUCCAGUCAGCCCCACGGCCGUCCUCAACAAAGCCUGCCUGAACCUGCUCCGCUGGGACCCACAGGACCACAACUACCCCGAGACGGUUGUGAUGGAUCGGGUCCGUCUGGAUUCUCUGGGUCGGAGUCUGAAUCUGCUGGUUCUGGAAGCCGCAGUACUUCUGUUGACCACCACUCAUUGUGGGGGCACUGUUUCCUCCCAGCAUGGGUUUGUAGGUAAACUGAAGAAGACCUUCACUGCCCUGUUGGAGGGCAGUCACAGCAGGAGCUGCGACCUGCAGGGGGCGCUGCAGGGCCUCGCGGAGCAGGUGCUGGUGCAGGUGCGGAGCGUCCAGGAGGGGAGCGUCCAGGAGGGGAGCGUCCAGGAGAGGAGCGUCCAGCUGGACAGAGACAGACUGGAGCUGCUGAAGAGACAGAUCUCAGAUCUGGGGGAGGCUGACAACCCUGUCCGCAAACUCCUAGGGGAGAGAGUCCGGGGCUACCUGCAGGCUACGCUGGAGGCCGGUUCCCAGCAGGGGGCCCCGUCCCCGCCCCAGGCCCUGAGCCUGGUGGGGGCUGAGCUCACCUCGCUGGCCUCCUCCUUCGGGAAAAUCCUCCAGUUCAACCGCUCUGUGUUCGGGCCCUUCUACGCCCCCAUCCUCAGGACAGUCCUGUUCCCAGAGAGAGAGGCCGAGAUGGGGGAAGACUCCCGCUAGACCCCCCCCCCCCAGCCUGGAGCUCCACCUCGCUAAGAAGCUGCUGGGUCACUCAGGAUACAGAGACAGUGUAUUGGAUAUUGUACAACUAAAGGAUCAUGUAAAUAUGUGUUUUGAAAAAAAAAAAUGAAAAAAAAGUUAUGUUUCUUUUUUUUUUUGCAUUGUUGUGUCAUAACUGCAAAAUGCUUUGGUGGUUUUGCGUGUACAAUCAUAUUUCUAUAGUUUCUGUCAUAAAGGAAAACUGUUACAUAUAUUUAACAAUGUUCCAGAAAUGUAAUGAAGUGUUUAUUCUUACUGCUGCUGGAAGGUUUUGGUUCUUUUCCUUCUGAUCUGCAGUUUGGGAUUACAUUGUUUACUAGUUAAUGUGUGUUAACUAGUAGACAACAGCAUUAACCAAAGAUAGAAAGUCCUUUUCUUUCAAAUAAUAAUCUUUCUGAACUGGAA